AUUGUCCCUCGGACACAGAGGAUCACCUAUCACAGAAAGAGCCAAAGACGUCGGCUCGGUCAUGUGAUCAGCUGUGUCCAAUCACAGCUGAUCACAUGAAACAUGUACACUGAUCAUCAGGGCACUGAUGAUCAGUGUGCCCUGAUGAUCAGUUUAGCCCGAGCAACACCACCUGUCAGUGUCCAUCAGUGCCUUGUGUCAGUGCUACAUAUCCGUGCCUACCAGUGCACAUCAAUGCCACAUAUCAGUGCCCAUCUGAUCUGCCUUUCAGUGUCACCCAUCAGUGCCAGUCAGUGCCGCCUAUCAGUGCCAGCCAGUGCCGCCUAUCAGUGAUGCCUGUUAAUGCCCAUCAGUGCCACCUACCAGUGCCUCCUCAGUGCAGCCUAUCAGUGCCCAUCACUGCAGCCUCAUUAGCGCAUAUCAGUGAAGGAGAAAAAUCACUUAUUUACAAAAUUUUAUA